GGCCAUAACAAGAAGACUGACGCAGAAGCAGCAGCGGCAGCUCAAGCAAAAGCAGCGGAAGCGUCCACGUCUUCUUCCACAAAGAAAUCGAAAAAACAGCCCGUCGUGAAAAAAGCAGUUUCCUUAGUUUCAAGCGCAGAGCAAGCUGCGAAAUCAAUACAGAAAGCAGACGAAAUGAAUAGUAUCGCGGCAAAAACUGAAGCUACUAGAGUCGAGACGGAGCGCAAAAAGGUAGAUAAAUCGAAAAACACUGGCGUCAUCAACUACGACAUAUUACCAUUGGGGUUCCACAUCCAUCCGUACGAAAAAUCAUUCAAAGCUUGUGCAACCACGCCGCACCUGAAGAAACGGGUCAUAGCUUUGAGGGCAAGGCUGGACAUGCUGACAGGAUCGGAUAAAGGAGAUCGCCACAUGACACCUGGAAAAACAGACGAGUCUAGACUUUUUGCUGCUACAUUUUUGACAGGAUGGUGCUUGCGCACAGAUUUAGUGAUUAGGUGCCAUGAUAGUAAAGAUUUUCAGCGACAUUUGAUACCCCGGUGGGUGGAAAAGUACUCUACAACAAUGUCAGAACUAAAAGCCAAACUUUUGGCGUCCUCUGCUUUCAGCAAAAAGGAGCAAGUGAUGUGGGACGAUCUAACUGCAUUUACUGAAAGCACGAAGAAGCUGCUGCACAUGCCAUAACACAGCACGCAGGAACUUACUUCAUUUAACCCUUCCGAAAUUAUUUUCUGAAAUCUGGCAUCAAAAAAGAUCUCACUGCCC